GGUCAAUUUUAUUGUCAAUUAUUUAAAUAAAAAAGUUUAAAGAGUAUUUAUUAACCCACAUUUAUGACAGUCUCUACGCUUCUUCACCAUCAUCCAUCCUCCUGAUCUGAAGCCCUAAUCUUGGUCGGAUUGAGAGUUGAGACUAAUAUUACGCACAGCAUGACCACUCUGGGACCUCCCAGGCGGGUUGCAAAGAGGCGUUCCCAAGUCAAAAGUCGGGCUAAAAUAGAUGUGGUAGACCUCAAUUCUCCUUCCAUUGUGAGCCACGAACUGGAAAUGUCUUCUGGUUCUGCAUUCUUGCAGGUAUCACAAGGGACAUCUGUUUCUAUGAAUUCACAUCGCAUUCAUCCCACUGGACAGCAUCGUAGUUCUGCAGCACCGUCCAAUGAUGCUCCAAAUAGUUUUAUCAUUGAUGUAGAGGAAAUUGAGGAUGAGGUCCAGCUGCUCCCGCUCCUGGCCUCUGGAAGGUUUCGUGAGGCAAGGAACCUUUCUAGGAGAAAUCAACCUUCAACAGUAUUCCUGGAUGAAGAACUUGACACUGACCCAAGAUCAGUAGCUACAGCCAGAAGUUCAGGAAACAAAAUAGUCAUCAACUGUGAUCUUUAUCCAGAUUUGCAAGAUGAAAAUUCGAAGGGCAAGAAGGUUGUUGAAUCUAUUCAAGAUCCACCAAAGCAACCAACUUUCUCUUGCCCCAUCUGCAUGAACACAAUGACUGAGGCAUCGUCAACUAUUUGUGGCCAUAUUUUCUGUAAGAGCUGCAUCGUGGCCUCCAUUCAAGCACAAAAGAAAUGCCCUACAUGUCGAAGAAAGCUCAAUAUGAACAAUUUCCAUAGGGUGUAUCUUCCAAACAGUGACUGGCUGACUGACUGACGAAUGGAGCAGGACUGCUAUUUGAGUCCAUUUUGAAGGGUUUUAUACCCAUCUACUUAUAAUGUUAUAUAAGAUACUCAAGGCUUUCUUUAUUUUGGAAUAGAUUUUAUAUCAAAUGUAAGUCAAAUUAACUUACCGUGUGCCAAAAACAAAAAUGUAACAGUUGCAAGUGGAUAUUAGCAUAAUUUUCCUAGUUACUGUAGUAAACUAUUUGACA